ACAUCGAGGAAGAAGACAGUCCUCAAUGCUGGAGCAUGAACCGUAUCAGACGCCGUAUCACUACACAUUCCACCUCACCCUACGUUCACCUUCACCCUCUCCUUCAAGAGUCAAUUCUAGGUCUCCUGUCAGUCUGAACUUGGCUACUGACGGAGGCAAGAAUGAUGAUGCUAACAGAGAUGUUAAUGUUGUUGAUAAAACUGCUGAUGUCCCCAAUAGGAACAUGCAUGGAGAAGCAUGGAGCAGCAAGAACCACGAAGAUGCCAAAGAACAAGACAUCCACCAUCAGCUUGCUUCUGAGGACAAGCCAGAUUGUAACAGAGAUGAGAAUAGCAACAAAAAUGAUGACUGUGACUUUAAUCUCAACUUUGACUCUCUGUUGACUUACCAGUGCAAUAACUUCGGUAUCAUAGAUUGCCUUAACACAGUCGUCAAGUUUCAGGAUUCUGAGCAGGAUGAUAUGGAGAGUUACUGCAGUGACUAUGAAAAUGGACUGACCACAUCCCCGCCUAGGAAGUUCUCCGAUACAGAAUCCACCAUUGAGACAGAUGCUGUAUCCUCAGAUGUCCCACUGAAAGGCUACUCUACAAGCAGACAUUCAUUUUAUAGUAACAAGAAACCAGAUUUGCAAACUGUGAGAUGGAAGAGCUGUCAUGAAUUGGUCAAUAGAGAUGUGACAAAGACUCUGCUAAAACGUCAGACUUCUGAGCAUUCACUGAUGAGUGUUAAGGAGGAGAAAGUGCUCCCUACUACAUCAGUAGCAGUUUAUGAUUACACUGAAUCUUGCUCCAGGUAUCUCGACCAUGGUGCCUCAAAUGAAGGAAAUAAGAACACACUUCAGGAAUUACCUCUCUGUAACACACACAACUUGGGCAGAGCCAACAGUGCAGAAUAUAGAAAUGAACAAAAAACCUAUGAGGAAUUCUCCAGAGAAAAAUUCCUGACCCACAAUGAGGCUGGAGAAAAUGGAGCUUUCUGCUGCCAUGAUUCCCUAGUGGUAGACACCUCAAACUCUAACCUUGAGGAACCAAUGGAACUUGACAACUAUGUAAUGCCACCACUGACUUCGUCAAAACAAGAGUUAUCUGCAUCUUGGAAAGCGCCUUCAAAUCUGGAGACCUCGCCCAAUCAUCCCAGAAAAUAUACAAGGAACCAGACAAUUUAUAGGUCUUGUGAUAAAGAAAACAAUGCCUUUAGACCCGUCAACCCACCCAACGAUUACAUGCACAUCACAUGCAACAGACAGAUUAACAAGGAGAACAUCAAACUUGUCUCAAAAGUGGAAAGAAAGAGCCACCUGUGUUAUACUGAGAUGGACCGAGUAUUGGGCAUCCAGGAAGACGAUGGUAGUGGACCGGGACUUAGUGAAGAUGAGAACCAUCAGGAUACCUUCACUCGUAAGGAAUGUCUGUCAUUGGAACAUAAGGGUGUUGUCAGCCCUCACAAGCUACUAUGGUAUCUGCAAAAGGAGUCCCAGCGCCACAACAAUGAAUCUUCCAUAAGUCGACUCCAUCCAUUGCCUUCUGACACUGGGAAGAUGAUUUGUAAAGCAGCCUUGAUUGCUCCGCCAGACUACCGCCAUUACAGCUAUGAAGAAGAUAUUGUGCGUGAAGCAUCUCGGCAUUCCAGUGCCUGCAGCCACCCAUCCGAUGUCUAUCCCGACUUGUUGCAAGGAGACAUAAGUGGUUGAAUGCUGCCAUUGAGCGUCUCCUUGUCCUUUGUGCUGUGUGCUACAAAACUGCCUAUUGCCUGUUCAAAGACCAACAGUUCUUCAUGGUACACCUCAACAUCAUACAAUGCCUCUUGUCCACCAUUGACCUGAGGAAUGACAAUAGUGAAGCCAACGCGACACCCUCAUCACUGUAUAGCAUACGUAAGAUAGGUUAUGAUUGUCCCAUUAUUUAUAUAAAAUUAUACAAGUACUGUAUUUCAACUAUCAUUGUACCUGUAAACUUGUUUUUUUCCAAGAUUUUUGUAAUGUACAUUAUUAUAAUAUUGUACUAAAAGCAACAAACUUCCAUUGUGUUCUGUGGAAUGCAUGCAUGCACGAGAGGGGAAGGAAAGUAUUGGGAGAAAGCACCAAGCCAUUAUGACAGAAUAUAAUGUAUAUCACUUGGAAGGGUUCAGGAUAAGUUUUGGGGAUGGGACGGGGGGAAGGAAAGGUGCACAACCACUUGGACGGUCAGGGAUUGAACGCCAACCAGCAUGAAGCAAGACCGUUGCUCUACCACCCAGCUCGAAAUGUUGGUUAGGAAUGUGUGAUAAGAGGACCACUAGUGUUGAUGUAAAAAAUCCAACAUUCUUCCUUUUUUUUCUCUCAUGCUAGCUAGUCUUUUCGGCAGUUAUUUCUUUUGAUAAUUACUUACUUUCACUAGUUAUCACAUUCCAUAUCUUUGCUGGCCUUUUCCUACAGCAGUAUCUUCCAUUUUCAACAUGUUUUAGCCUAUAAUUGUUUUCACAUUUCAGUCUUGUGCCAAACUUAGUCACUAAUAAUUGGAAAUAUUCAUAAAUAUUUUAAAUGGUAAGAGCCUAUAUGAAUACCUAUUUAAGACCAUGUCUAUUAAACAAUUGAGGUGUACAGUAUAGGGAUUUUACCACUGAAUAUACAUUAAUAGCUUUCAUUGUUGGGAUACAAAGUCUUGUAUCACUUGCUGAAAAUUAGGUGGACCAGUGAUUACAUGGAUCUGCUAAGAGAAGUGAAACUUCAUAGACCCAGCCAAGUUUGUGGAGAACCCUUAAAGCUAUCAAUAACUAGGAGUGACAUUCAACGCUAUGGCCUUGUCACCAAGUUACUCUUAUUCAGGGGUUUCUCUCUCCGAUAAUUGAGUUCACUGUCGUACUUUUUCUGAAAAUUGAGCAAGUGUGGCAUCCAUUUUUUUAGUGCAUUUCGCUCAUAUUUUGUAAGAGUAUUUUGUGUUUUCUUCCUUUUGACUCGCUUGCAUUUCUAACUUCCUCCAAUGUAAUCUUGCUAAUUAUCCUUCAAUUGAAAACAUCAGUAUCUCUCUCUAUUCUAUUCCUCUUGGUAUUUUGUACGUUGUGACCAUGCGUCCUCUUCUAGUCUAAGUUGAAUUCCCUUAACCUAUCUAUAUAGUUGUUUAAUAAAAUAUUUCGGGUGCUAGCCUUGUUGUAAAUCUAGAUUCUCUCUAAUUUGGGCUUCAAAAUAUAAGGAUUCAUUGUUGGUGAUUGCUAAAGUUUUCCAAGUUUGACACCUUUGAUAUUUACUUCAAUGUUAGUGAUGCACAUUCUGGAAACAUUACUGGUACUAAUGAGUUACAAUAAUGUGGCUGAAGAUAUGAUUAAGGUAAGAAGAAAGGUACAGAUAGGAUAGGUGUAAUAAUGGGGUGACUGAAGAAUAGGCAUGUAAGACUUAAAGAAAUGGGUGUAGGCUUUUGUUAGGUCAUGUUUGUUAGAAAGGUUAGAGUAUUUGAGUAUGUACUGUGAAAGGGAAGAGUCAACAACAACAACAAAGCCAGGACUAGGGUUCAUGUUCUGGCUCGGAGCCAAUUUGACAAGACAGCAUCUGUGAAGAUUAGAGGCAGGAAAGAUUAUUUUAGAAGACCAAUCAAUAGGAUGAUUAAAAUCCUAACAUGACAGAAGAGAGCAUUGUUUGUGUCUGCAGAGUUAACACUUUUGUGUUCUUUUAAGUCUGUCAUUUAAUGUACAGCUAGUUUCCCCAAAGUAUUGGAGAGGAAAAGAACAGGAAAUAGAGUAAACACUAGCAGCUAAACAAAAAGUUCCUUUGGCUUGAGAAUAGGCACAGUUGAUAAAAUGUUAAGGGUAACAAGAGAGAUAUUUGUAAAUAAAGGGAAAUUUCUAAAUCAAGAAACUGAGGGUCAAUGUUGUUUUGUUUUAGAUUCAGCUUCUCAGAACAAAGUUCAAAGUAGCACGGGCUAUGAUGAGCCCGUAAGAGGGUCACU